AUGGAAAUUGAUGUGAGCUUUGUUUCAAAGUUAGCCACUUUGUUGGACUUUAUUUUGAUUCUCAUUUUUUGUAUAUGGUCCAUAAUUUAUUGUAUAGAAUAGGAUUUUUAUAUAAUAAACUCUAUUAUGACCAACUUUAAUUUAAUGUAUUAUUAAGGUAUAAUAGAUUAGGAUUAUGAAUUUUUUACUAUUGCUAGGUGAAACAAAAAAAUAAGUAAUGAUGGAAAAAUUUUAUUUUGCUUGCAAUUAAUUUGGAAGAGGUGUAUUCUGUUUAUUGUAUGGAAUAUUAAUUUUUUAGUCUAGCUUUAUGGUUAUAUGCGGAAAAUAGUAAAACUGAAAGACAUAUAAGUUUGCAUGAUUAUGGUUUAUCUGUUGCAAUUUGCACUACGAUAAUUGGAAUAUUGUAUGUCAUAUAGCAUUUUUUAGUAUUUAUACAAAUCUAGUUAUUUAGUUUGAUAAAAGAUAAUUCUAAAUUAAAACUUGA